GAUAACGUUAGCUGCUCUUGAGUUGGCAUGGUUCACAAACAAAACGUUUUUGGUUAAAGUUUGUCCGGUUUCUUAUUUCAUGCACUUUAUUUAAUUAUUUUUUAGUGUCGAAAAAGUUUUCAAGGUGUAGAAUUUGGACGUUUUGUUGCUACAAAAAAGAACAGAAGAUGCUAACUCUAGUUAGCAACACUGGCUAACGCUUCUUGAAAAUGUCCGAGAGAAAAUGAAGAGAAAGGCUUCAAAGUUAAGACUCAGUCCAAACGAAGAGGCUCGGAUAAUCCGAGAGGAGCAUGAAAGGAGGAGGAAACUACGGCUGCUGCAGGUGCGGGAGCAGCAGAGGUGCAUUGCUCUGCAGAUCCGUAGGGAGGUGGAGCACAGACGGCAGCAGGAGCUGCAACAGCUGGAGGAGGAGCUGAAGAAGCAAUGGGAGCAACAGCAGGAGGAGAAACUCCACACGCUGCAGAGGUUAUACCAGGAGAGCCUGCAGCUCCUCGGGCACGGACAUCGGAGUGCUAAAGAAAAUGAACCUGACCUGGCGGCUCUGGUUCAGAGGGAGAAGGAGAACCACACCAAAGCAGAGGAGCGCUUUCGAGAUGCUCUAAGAGAGCUGAAAACUCAGCGGCUCAAACAUCAGGAGAAACAAAACCAGUCCAUCAAUGCCAGAAAAAAGGCGCUUCAAGCAGAAAAGGAAAGAUCCACAAAAGUGGCCAGUCUGCCCCCGCCUCCCCCGAACCCUAUCCAGAACCUCGAUGCCAAGAAGCUUCAUGUGGUGAAGCGAUCCGACGCCGGCGCCUUUGCCUCCACCCGUUACCACAUGACCGAAAGCGCAGUGGACAGAGAGGCGGAGUCCACGCAGCCUGAUGCUCGAGAGGAGGCUGAGCUGGAGGCGAGGAGGCUGCUCCACCUGGAGCAGGAGGAGAGGAGGAAGAGGGCGGAGCAGAUGGAGAAGGCCCGGCUCAGGGGGAAGCAGGCCCUGAAGAGAGAGCAGCUGGUGCAGGACCGGGAGCGUUUGCUGACUGAACUGGAGCACAUGCAGCAGACAGACCUCCUGCGGCGGAGGCAGCAGGUUUCUCAGAUGCCGCCGCAGAUCUUCCAGCCGCUCUACAAGCGACAGGAGGUCAGGGAGGAUCUCCAGAGGGAGAUGGAGUUCGCCUUUGAGGACAUGUACACCGGAGAGAGGAGGGUCAAAGGUGACCUGGUGGUCCAGCUGGUUCCUGAGCCUCUUCCAGAUCUGUCCAGUUGUAGCCAGGACCAAGAGCUGGAUGUUACUGUGGAGGAAAACCGGCAGAGUGAUGCUGAAGAGGGGAGUGAGGGCGCUGAGCCGGAGACUUCUGCUGAAGCACCGUUAUCCAGACCGGCUCCUCGACAGGCUCUGAGGAAACUCCUGGAUCGCAUCAGAAGCCAGAGAAGUGAAUGGAUGAACCACAGCAGCCUUCCAUCUGCUGAUGGUUCUCCAGCAGCCUCCAGAGAUCUGAUCCCAGAGCAGGACUGCAGCAUCGAAACGGGCUCUCUGCCCAGUGAUGAGAAGAACAAACCCGUCCUUAUGGACCGCCACAAGACCGUCCUCCCUCCCACUGCGGAAGAAAAAACGACUGAACCUCCUAAAGUCUUCACCAGCACGGUUCAAGACACUGAAGAAGAACGACAGAAAAAGGAGGAGCAGCUGGAGCAGGAGAAGCAGCAGCAGAUGUUUCUCCUGCAGGAGCUCGAGGACCAGAAGCUCCGCCUGGAGCAGAUGCUGCGGGAGGCUCAGCAGGAGAGGGAACAUCUGAAGGCUGCUGUGACCCGUCAACAACCCGCCUGCAGCAUUUCCACGGGUUUACCUGCUGAGGGUUUUUGUGUGCAGCUGGCGCCCCCUGCAGGUGAAGACGAUCAGAUUAGGAGGGUUCGAGAUUAUCAGCAGCAGCUUUUGGAUCAGAACAGGGUUCAUCAGAGGUCGGUGGAAGAAGCUCGCCAGCGUCUGGAGGAAUACCAGCGAGCUCUGCGGAUCCGCCACAGCCUGACCUGCAGAUCAAUCCUGUCAACCGUUGGGCCUCCGGGCCCAGAUCCUCCUCUUCUGCAUCCUCCGAGCACACGGCCUGACCCUCUUCCAGCUCCUCCUCACCUCCCUGUACCUCCUGCUGCGCCAACGUUUGUACCUCAAAGACCGAACAUCUCGACGAGUUUCCCAACGCCCUCUCUGACCCGUCCUGGUUCCUGCCUCAGCUCCAAGCUUCUGUUGGAUCCGUCGGGAACAGAUUUUGUGUCCCAGAUUACCGACGGCGUCAUGGAGAGAGUAACGGACCAUCUUCCAGAGCGACUCAGGCUCCUCCCUCACAAACCGCCUCCUUCACGUCCAACAGAUCCCACCAGAACCCUCAACCCGGCCUUCACAGACCACUCCCCUUCUGAUUCCCGCUUCCACCCUGUAACUCCAAGCCAGGAGGUCAGGCAGGAGGCAGAGAGGCAGGUGGAGGAACACAGGGAGGUGACGAGGCUGCAGGAGGAGCGGCAGAGGCAAGAGGAGGAGCUGGAGCAAAUGAGGAGGCAAAAGGAGGCGCUGCAGGCCCUGAUUGACACCGAUAAGCAGGUGGGCGGAGUCACAGCUGCCAUCUCUGUCAGGUUCCAGGAUCAGCCUUCAUCCUGCGGAACGUCAGAGGAAGAGGAGCCUGAGCACCUCCAUCAGAGACGCCUCCGGCUGCUCUCCUCGCUCCUGAAGGCUAUAGAGGAGUCGAACGGAGGGAGUUUAUCACACCUGGUGGAGGAGGAGGAGUCUCGAAGCCCCUCCCCUUCAGGCCUUCUUCAUCCUCCUCGAGCCCUGAAGCCGCCCGUGACCCGCGUGUGGCCGGGCUUAAGGGAGGCGAUGACCGAGCAGCACGAGCUCAGCGCCAUCCAGGAGGUGGAGACUCCCGUCAACAGCAGCCAGCUGGCAGGCCCGGAGACGGAGCCGAGACCUCCCUCACCGUCUGGAGUCUGGAGCCUGCAGAGCCCCGAGUCGUCGGCGCUAUCGCGCCGGACGCUGCAAACACCAUCUGAGCUCGGCUUGGACCGAUCCGGUCUGCUGGUCUGGAGGGAGAGGCUGUUAUCAGGGAUCGGAUCGGCUCCAGGAAGCUCCGACUCGGGUGACGGGUUUUCAGGUUCUGGGAUCAAAGCAAAGUUAUCGCCGUCCUCCGACUCUGGAAGAGGAGCCGACUUCUCUGGCCCCGCCCUCACCAGCUACAGAUCCUCAGAGUCUCCUGUUCAAAGGCCUCCAGAGUCUGACUGCUUCUCCACCUCCAUCUCCACCGGCAGCUUCGUCACCAGCGACCCGGAUCGAAUCGGCGCUUCAGCGGACACGUCUCCAUCCUCGACACGCUGGUCUGAGGGGACGGGCGGCGCCGAGCGGUCGCUGCGGUCCGUGUUCAACGACGACAGCAUCCAGCGCAUCAUCGACAGAUACAGCAGAGAGCUGGACGCCUCCCUCAGCUCUGCGGGGAAAACCGACGUUGAAGGUUCAUACGUGGAUUCAGGCUCUUCGGUUUCUCCUCCGUCUUUGGUCGAAGUGUCUCACAGAAACGUGGAGGAUGGAGGUUCUUCUGGUCACGGACCGGAUCCGGAACGAACAUCAGAAGAUCAGAACGGCGGCCCGGAAAACGACGCUCUCUCCACGCCCUCGAGGAAUGACCCGACAGUCUCUGAGGACUCUUUCCAGCCUCUGAUUGGACAGCUCGCCGACCAGUCGUCCUGUCUGAGUCCAGACCAGAAGAAUUUUGUGCCGGUCGGACAGCCGUCAGCUCACUCUUCACUGAUUGGUCACCUGCUGAGACCGCCCCCUUCUGUCAGCUUCAGUCAGGAGGAGUUCAGCAGCUCUCGCCGCCUGAGUGACGGACCGGAUGUCCACGCCGAUCGGCUGAACGCUCCGGGAGCGUCCGAUGAAACGGUCUUGUGGGAGAGCGGGAUGAGACCUCUGCUUGGAGAGCCGGACGAGUCUGUGCUGCAGAACGCAGGAAGUUCAGCAGGAACCGUCCCCGCUGGAUCCAGCAGGCCGUCCGACUCACUGCUGCGGCCUCCUGCAGCCUCAUCACACGAGGACCUCCCCCAGCAGAACCAGAACAGCCUGAGGUGUGAAGACUCCUUCCACCCUCUGCUGGCUGAAGUCACCCACAACGAAACCAUGGACCCCUCCCUGACCUUCCACCUGCCGCAGCAGAGCCCCCCCGACUCCUCUGAAGGUUUUCCUGAUGCCGUUUCCUCGCCGUCGGGGUCUGAGCCGACGCCAGAGCGCCUCCGUUCAGAAGAACCAAAGAGCAGCAGGACUUCUUCUACAUCCUUCACCCACCUCUGCUCCUCACACUCCCUCCCCCACCACUCUGACCUCACUCUGCCCCCCCCUGCGUGGAUCGAGGUGGAGCAAUCUGCGGCGACUCUGUCGCGUUUGACCAUGAAGGAUGAGACCCAGGACCAGGAGUCGGGAACAGAAAUGAAGUCUUCUUCUCCUGCAGAAGAUCUGCUGCUGGAGGAAGAAAAGGGGAUCCUGGAGCAGUCCCAGAUCACGCUGGUGAGCCUGACGGAGACCACCGUCACUGAGGAGGAGGAGGAAAUGUUUGAAUCCGUGUCGUUUCCAGAGGAAACUCCAGAGGAAGAGUGUGAGACCCGUUCUGGAUCGGGCCGGGCUCACAGCCUGCAGGACGCCUUCCUGCAGAAGCGCGGCGCUCUCCUGCUGAGGUCCAAACGGAGAGUGGACGAGCUGAAAGCCAAAGCAGCUCAAGCAAAGCGGGCCGGGGAAGCUCCACCCACAGGAAACGAGGCGUCUGCAGCGACGGCUCCGCCCAGCGUCUGCUCGGAGGACGCUGCACCACAGCUCCAGUGGAGGAGGCCUCCACCAGCGGACCGUGUGCUGGAGGUGAAGAUGAGCACACCGGAGCAAAGAAAGCGGAACCUGUCAGAGAUGCACCGCAGAACUCGAAGACUCUACGAGCAGCUGGAGGAGGUGAAGCAGCAGAGAUCCUUCCGGAGCCGACAGGAGGACUACGCCAAGAACCGGCUGAAGGCCAGAGAGUUUCACAUGAAAACCUUACAGAAGCUUCGCGCCAAGCAGAGAUGAUGACAGCUGGACCUUAACUUAUGACUCUGUAAAUUAAGUUUAUUAAAGCUUUUAAAUUAU